AUGAUGCUGUCUUCGUCAUUACUAUUCCCCCUCGCGUUCGCGUCUUACACGGUCGCAUCAGAGGCCCAAGCACACUUGGGCGGGGUACGAACAUGCCCCUGGACACCACUGGAGACACUACUGGAAUGCUCGACGGAUAUCGCGACAGAAAGAAAGCAGAAUACAGAGACAAAUCAGAGGCAAAGGAAUGAAACGACAGAGACUGAGCCAUUAGGAUGGACGGGGCCUCACGGGUGCGUCGGAGCUUACUGCUUAUACGCAAAUCGCGGCUUCGCGAAUGGGCGCGGAAUCGUCGUCAUCUCAACACCAGAAAACGUGCAGAAAGCAAAGAGCUUGGAACAAGACCUACAAACUCCAGACCCAGAAGAUGAUUUGUCAUCACGAAAUCCAUCUUUUCAGAUCGCAGAGGUAGAGGGCAAGGGACUCGGCAUGCUCGCAAACAAAACCCUCACUCGAGGCGACACAGUCAUGCUCAAGACACCAGUCCUCCUUGCCCACCGCACCUUCAUCGAGCGCACGCCGCAAGCAGACCGGCACUUUCUUCUCGACAGCGUCACGGGCUUCCUCCCGCCUGCGACCCGCAAGACCUUCUUCGGCCAGAUGGGACACUUUGGCGGCCACAAGGCCAGCGACAUCAUGGCGACAAACUCGUUCCAGAUGGACCUAGGCGGCGGAGCGCAGGGCGACGGCCACCACUACGGCAACUUCCCCGAAGUAUCGCGGUACAACCACGACUGUAGACCCAACGUCGCCUUCCGCAUCGACGGCCUCCGCCACCGCACUACCAUCGUCAGGCCGGUUAAGCCCGGUGAAGAGCUGACGAUAUCGUACCUCGACCAGCUCGGCGUCCGCUCCGUGCGGCAGCACCGCGCCAAGAGGGCGUGGGGCUUCGAGUGCGGGUGCUCGCAGUGCAGCCUGCCCAAGAAGCUCAUCUCGACGUCGGAUCAGCGGCUGAUGGAGGUGGAGGAGCUAGAGAGGCAGCUCUCUAACAUCGGGGCUAAGGUGACGGUGGCCAUGGUGGAAAAGUUCUUGAAGUUGUACAAGGAGGAGAGGCUUGAGUCGAAGCUGGCGGGUGCGUAUACGACUGCGGCGCUGAACUUCAACUUGCUUGGGAGGAAUAAGCUGGCUGUCAAAUAUGCCAGGCUAGCCGUUGAGGCGGGCACGAUUGAGAGUGGGCCGGAGACGGGGGAUGUUGAAGCGAUGAGGGAGUUGGCGGCGGAUCCGAAGAAGCAUUUUACAUGGCGAGGGAGGCUUAGAUGA